AUAUCCUCGUGAAGAACAUUUUUGACCCAAAUAACAAAGUUUCGGGGUGAGUUUGUAAUGUCAAAUCUCCUUUUUCAUUUGACCCUUUGAGAGCACCAAGAACAACAAUGGAGCUUCCUCUCUGCAAAAUUCCUAAGCGCCAAAUUUCUUAAUCUUAAAACCCUAACCCAAAAACUCUGCCCAAUAAGCUCUACGAGGGAUGUCAUUUCUCGCACAUUCACUCUUCCGCUCUUGCCGUCUCAAGCACUUCGAAGCAUCUCGCUUUUCCUCUCUGUUCCACUUCCUCGGCCAGGGAAGGAGAGAUGUGAUCAGCUGUAUGGGUAUAGAUGCUUGUCAUUUUUCCUCACUAGUUGAUGUUUGGGAGUACGAAUGCGAUAUGCUUAAUGAUGAUACUAAAACGACAGAGAAAGAUACUGCACUGCAUUCGGCAAUCUCUCGGGUUGCUGCUGAUUUUGGAAAGGAAUCUAAGUUGUUUUUGCAGAGGUCUUUUAGCUCCCGAUAUGCACAUGUGAUUUCCACUGGAUCAUUAAAGCUAGACAUUGCUCUUGGGAUUGGAGGUUUACCUAAGGGAAGAAUAAUUGAAAUUUAUGGGCAAGAAGCUUCUGGAAAGACAACAUUGGCGCUCCACAUCAUUAAGGAAGCUCAGAAACUUGGAGGAUAUUGUGCAUAUUUUGAUGCAGAGAAUGCAAUGGACAUGUCAUUUGCUGAAUCAAUGGGUGUAAACGUAGAUAAUCUUCUUAUUUCACCUCCAGCUUCUGCUGAAAAUCUGUUGUGUGCUGUUAAUACUCUAGUUAGAAGUGGAUCUGUGGACGUAAUUGUGGUUGAUACUGUAGCUGCCCUUGUUCCACAGUGUGAACUUGAUGCUCCGAUUGGCAGUUCUGAGCGAGACAGUCGACCUCGAGUGAUGAACCAAGCAUUAAGGAAAAUUCAUUAUUCACUGAAGCUAUCGCAAACUCUGAUUGUUUUUAUUAAUCAGGUUAGAUCUGCAGGAUAUCAAAAUGAUUUCGAACAGAAGGAUGAGGUAACAUGUGGUGGGAAUGCCUUGCAAUUUUAUGCAGCAAUCAGACUGAGGCUUUUGAGAAAGGGAUUACUGAAGAGGGGUGAUAAGACCACGGUUCUUUCUAGGUCACUGGUCUAGCAGUCAGUGUGCAGGUGGUGAAAAAUAAGUUAGCCUCAUCCAUGAAAAUGGCAGAACUAGGGAUACAUUUUGGGAGGGGGUUUUGCUGUGAAUCUGAGGUUCUGGAAUUGGGUUGUGAACAUGGAGUUAUUCUUAAAGAUAAAAGCAACUUUCAUAUUGAAGGGAGGAUUUGCAGCAGCAAGCAUGAAGCAGAACAGUAUCUGAUGGAAAAUGAAGAUGUUCUUCAUAAGGUGGUUGAGAUACUAAGGAACCAGUUAUUUAUACAAGAGUCGAGUCCUUGAGCACUUUGCCAUUAUCGCAAUAUGUUUACUGUUGAAGCUAUUGUUGGUGCAUUUUGGCCGUUUCACAUAACCCGAGCAAGUGAAAAAUCGUUGGAGAAGUUGAAGAUCUUUCGAGGAUUCUCGUUUGAGAACUGGAGAGCAGCCAUAUAAUCCAUCGUACUUGCCCCAAUUAAUUGACGGGUAGCGCUUGGAAAUGGCCAUUGCUGCCACCAUUGUUAGCUUACAAUUGUCGAGUUUUCAAUUUUUUUUUUUCAGUUUCCAAGACGAGCAAAAAGCAACCUUGUUGAAGGCGUCUUAACAAGAUUAUAAGUAGGAUUAAAAUGUGGAUAUGGAGAUUUGAUUUAAAUGGAAACUAUUAUUUUUGUUUUUUC